GGUAUUUUUUGGGUUGAACAAAGUGCAAGUACUGGAAAACGUGAGCUGUAUCAUGAUUCCGCGAAGUCACCGUCCGCAGGUCGCGUUAGAUGGGCGCCAGAACAGUCUGUGCAAAAUUGCGUUCACGAAUAUGGUGGAGGGUCAUUCAUCCCUUUAAAGGAUGGCUCUGUCGUUUACAGUACUGUAGAAGGUGUGUUUCAUCAGAAGCGUCCAGAUGCUGCUCCUAAACAAUUAGCAGAUGCUAAUGAGAAGAAGCUCAGGUAA